AUCUGCAUGUACCGGCUGCAGAACCUGCACCGCGGCCCGGCGGCCACUGCGCCACCGCACCAGAUCUCCAAAGUACUUCACAAAGAUAGGUAUUAUCCAACUACCACAGAUGAGUAAAAUACUUUGCUCGGGUUUGUAUAACAGUUCUGGGAAGAAGCAGAUCUGACUCCAAGCCUUCUGUCUGAGCGCUAGAAUUCACUUUUAUUUACAGCCGUUUGAUAUUGCAACAUCAGCAUGAGUUUCAUCACUGUGAAAGUUACUGGUUGAAGAAGAGGUUGACCCAUCACUUCUAGCACUUGAAUCCCGCCAAGAAGAGAUCUUAAAACGCUUGUAUGAACUUAAAACUGCUGUUGAUGGGCUCUCAAAGAUGAUACAAACACCAGAUGCUGACUUUGAUGUAACUAAUAUAAUCCAAGCUGAUGAAUAUGCUCCUUUGACUGCAAGUGCAGCAGACUUAGAUUCAAUGCUUGGAAAGGAUUAUGGUGCUCUGAAAGAUAUUGUGAUCAAUGCAAACCCUUCUCAACCUCCAUUGUCACUGCUAGUACUGCACAGUCUGCUGUGUGAGCGGUAUAAGAUUUUAUCAGCUGUUCAUACACACUCAUCAGUGAAAUGUGUGCCAGAAAACCUCUUGAAAUGCUUCGGUGAGCAGAAUAGGAAACAAUCACGUCACGAGUAUAAGUUGGGCUUCACUCUCAUUUGGAAAAAUGUUCCCAAGCCCCAGAUGAAGUUCAGCAUUCAAACCAUGUGUCCCAUUGAAGGAGAAGGAAAUAUUGCUAGAUUUUUGUUCUCCUUAUUUGACCAGAAGCAUAAUGCAGUCACUUCAACUCUGAUAGACAGUUGGGUGGAUACAGCCAUCUUCCAGCUGAAGGAAGGUAGCAGUAAAGAAAAAGCAGCAGUCUUACGCUCCAUGAACACCACCCUUGGCAAGACACCCUGGCUGGGGGGAAAUGAACUCACUGUAGCAGAUAUCGUGGCGUGGUGUGCACUUCAGCAGACAAGUUGCUCUAAUGGUGUUCCAGCCAACGUACAGAAAUGGAUGAAGUCUUGUGAGAAUUUGGCACCUUUCAACAGUGCCCUUAAACUAUUACAAUGAGUGUGCACUCUUCCAAGGGGGAUUCUGUAGCUUUAUUCCACCUUAUGCCUGUUGUGGUGGUUGUGAAAGUCUCUUCUAAAAUGUCUUUUAAUGAAAGUGUGGAUUGAAGUCUUUUAACAUCAAUUGUAAAGUCUUAUACCAAUAAAGACAUCACAGUCGCCUU